CUACGGCUGGUGCUGGCCAACCCUGAGGGCAGCAAGGAGAGCGAGGAGAUCGUCAAGCAGACGGAGGAAGACGUUCCUGGCCCCAUUCCUAUGGAGUCCAUCCAGACAGGCCCAUACGAGGAGAAGAUCUUCAUGCAGUGGAAGGCCCCGAAUGAAACUAAUGGAGUCAUUACACUCUAUGAGAUCACCUAUAAGGCUCUUGGCUCCCUGGACCCCAGCUCAGAUUUGACAACACAACGUGGCCGGGUCUUCAAACUCCAAAAUGAAACCCAUCAUCUCUUCGUAGGGUUGUAUCCUGGCACCACAUACUACUUUACUCUGAAAGCCAGCACAAACAAAGGCUUCGGCCCACCCGUGACCACCCGUAUUGCCACCAAAAUCGCAGCUCCAUCCAUGCCUGAAUAUGAGACCGACUCUCCUCUCAAUGAGACGGACAUGACAAUCACCGUCCUCUUAAAACCUGCCCAAUCACGAGGGGCCCCUGUCAGUGCUUAUCAAGUGGUGGUUCAAGAGAAACGAAAGCAGAAAGUUCGCCGAGCCACGGAUGUGUUGGAGUGUUUCUCCAUUCCUGUUAGCUUCAGAAACGCCUCCAUCUUGAAUUUACCUCACUAUUUUGCGGCUGAACUCCCCCCUGUUAGCCUUGCUGUAGUACAGCCCUUUACUAUAGGAGACAACAAGACUUAUAAUGGCUACUGGAACGCACCACUGUCACCAGCCAAAAGCUACAGCAUUUACUUUCAGGCCUUGAGCAAAGCCAACGGGGAAACCAAAAUCAACUGUGUGCGACUGGCUACCAAAGGUAGGGGACAAAAUACCACGCCCUACAUACUUGUCUUUCCCAGUGAAGGUGCAUCUACCCAGAAUUCCAAUGACAUAGAGCCUGAAAAACAGGUGGACAGCACUGUAAAGAUGGCAGGCGUCAUUGCGGGAAUCCUCAUGUUUGUCAUCAUUCUCCUGGGCGUUCUCCUCACCUUCAAACGCAGAGAAAUCCACACCUGGAGAACUCUAAGUGUGGGAAGAAAUGCAUAUUCCUACUCUUAUUACCUGAAACUAGCUAAAAAACAGAAGGAGACAGCCAGCAGCAGCACCCAGAGAGAGAUGGGGCCCGUAGGCACAGCGGAUAAAAGCACAGGAAAAGUCAGCACGUUACACAAGGAUGAUCCGUUCUCCACCAGCAACCAGGACCUCAACGGAUUCUCCUCCUCUUCUCCAUGCUCCUUCUCCAUCCAGGGUAAAGCCCUCCAGAGUAAAACCCUCCUCAACUCCUACUACUCAGUUUCUAAGGAGCCAGUCCCUGCCACGGCAUCCAUAGAUGGCAGCCACAGUGAGAUGUCCCAGCCCUCGAUGACCAUCCAGACGUACCCAUAUGGAGGCUGUGAGUCGGUGGAGAUGUCCUACCAGGCCGGCCAGUUCCAACCGGCCAUCAGAGUGGCAGACUUGCUCCAACACAUCACCCAGAUGAAGUGUGGGCAGGGUUACGGCUUUAAAGAGGAGUACGAGGGUCUGGCUGAGGGACAAACGGCACCGUGGGAAACUGCCAAGAAGGAUGAAAACCGCAACAAGAAUCGCUACGGCAACAUCAUCGCUUAUGAUCACACUCGUGUCCGACUGCAGCUGCUGGAAGGAGACCCUCACUCUGACUACAUAAACGCCAACUAUAUAGACGGCUACCACAGACCAAGGCACUACAUAGCCACACAAGGGCCCAUGCAGGAAACUCUGAGGGAUUUCUGGAGGAUGAUUUGGCAAGAGAAUUCUGCCAGUAUCGUCAUGGUAACCAACCUGGUGGAAGUGGGCAGGGUGAAAUGUGUCCGGUAUUGGCCUGAUGAGACCGAGCUGUAUGGAGACAUCAAAGUGACGCUGACUGAAACGGAGCCUCUUGCAGAAUAUGUGAUCAGGACUUUUACUGUUCAGAAGAAGGGUCACCAUGAGAUUCGAGAAAUCCGGCAGUUCCAUUUCACCAGCUGGCCUGAUCAUGGUGUUCCCUGCUACGCCACAGGCCUGCUGGGCUUCAUCCGCCAGGUCAAGUUCCUCAAUGCUCCAGACGCAGGACCCAUCGCGGUACACUGCAGUGCUGGUGCUGGAAGAACAGGCUGCUUCAUUGCAGUGGACAUUAUGUUGGACAUGGCAGAGAGUGAGGGUGUGGUGGACAUCUUCAACUGCAUCAGAGAGCUGCGCUCACAGAGAGUCAACAUGGUCCAGACGGAGGAGCAGUAUGUGUUUGUGCAUGAUGCCAUACUGGAAGCAUGUUUGUGUGGGAACACGGCUAUCCCAGUGUGUGAAUUCAGAGCCAUCUACUACAACAUCAGCAGACUGGACCCUCAGACCAACUCCAGCCAGAUCAAAGAUGAGUUUCAGACUCUGAAUAUAGUGACACCGCGUGUCCGUCCGGAGGACUGCAGCGUAGGUCUGCUCCCGCGUAACCACGAUAAGAACCGCAGCAUGGACGUCCUCGCGGUGGACCGCUGCCUGCCUUUCCUCAUUUCUGUUGAUGGCGAGUCUAGCAAUUACAUCAAUGCAGCACUGAUGGAUAGCCACAAACAGCCGGCGGCGUUCAUCGUAACGCAGCACCCUCUGCCCAACACUGUGGCCGACUUCUGGAGGCUAGUGUUCGACUACAACUGCUCCACUAUUGUGAUGCUGAAUGAAAUGGAUGCUGCACAGCUCUGCAUGCAGUACUGGCCAGAAAAAGGCUCCUGCUGCUACGGCCCCAUUCAGGCUGAAUUCAUCUCCGCUGACAUUGACGAGGACAUUAUCAAUCGCAUUUUUAGGAUCUGUAACAUGGCACGGCCUCAAGACGGCUACCGUCUGGUCCAACAUUUCCAGUAUAUUGGUUGGCCAGCGUACAGAGACACGCCGCUGUCCAAACGCUCCAUUCUGCAGCUGGUCAGACGACUGGCCAAGUGGCAGGAGCAGUAUGACGGAGGAGACGGACGCACGGUGGUCCACUGUCUGUGAGUGUGACCUCCACAACACCAGCUCCAUCACAACACAAAGCUGUUAUA